CUCCCUUCUUUUUUUCCUCUUCUUGUGAUUCAAAUGAAGCCACAAGUGAAUGGUCGACUUGUUCGACUUGUUUCCAUCAUUUUGACCAUUUUUUGUCUCUGUUUCGUAUUUCGAUAUUUGCUGGAACUUGAGCAGAAAAACGUGUUGCGUAAAGAGCAAGAACAAGAAGCUGCUCGAUUGUUUCUCAAGCAAGAAAAGGAACAGCAGAGAAGACUGUUACUUGAACAAGCACUUGAACGAGAAAGAGAGCGUAAACAAAGAAUUUUAGACAGUAGAGCUAUUAUAGAACCAAAUUUAACCACAUUAGAAAAUACCCAGCCUGAUUUAUUCAAAAAAUAUUAUAUUGCAGUUCCUUUGCCUAUUGAAGAGUGGAAAGAUGAAACAAUGGCGUUGUUAAAGUCGCCUCUAGGCCAACAACUUAAGGCUGAAUUACUGACGAUUCCUGAAAAUAUGCCUCAAUUCAAAUCAUUAACUACUCAAGAACGUGUAUUCAAAUCCUUAUUUCAAUACUUGGAUCCCAUCCUUGCUGAAGGCAAAGUGGAUGUCAAGCAUGAUCCUGCCUAUAGAGAUGUAUGGAACUUUUAUGAAAGCUUGGAAAAGAUCUUGUAUCCUUGGAUCCGACCUUAUUGGAAAAACGUAUUUGACAUCAACAAGAAGCAAAGUCCUCGUCAAGGCAUUGUCAUGUGCGUUGGUAAUGGUCAAUUCAAACAUGCAGCGACUGCUGUACAAGCCAUUCGUGAAGUACUCAAGUCGGAUAUGCCUAUUGAAAUCUUUUACAUUGAUCAAUGGGACUUGUCUGAAGAAAAGCGUGCCUAUUUCAAUGCAAUCCCUAACGUAUCCACGGUUGAGAUUUCUAAGCGUAUUGAUAAUCGUUAUACUCAAUUCGGAGGCUGGUCUAUCAAGCCGUAUGCCAUGCUUGCUUCUUCAUUUUCUGAAGUCAUUUUGAUGGAUGCUGAUGUCUUUUUGUUCAAAAAACCCGAGUCUUUUUUUGAAGAUGAAGGAUACAAAGCCACCGGUACAUUAUUCUUUUUGGAUCGUACCUUGUUCAACAAUUUUUACGAAGGUCGUCCAUGGCUUAAAUCAUUCUUACCUACCUAUAGUACCUAUGUAGAACAAUCGAGAUGGUGGAAAACAACUUCAACCCACGAACAAGAGUCAGGAAUUGCUGUGAUGAAUAAGAAAAAGGCUUUGUUUGGCUUAUUGUCCACAUGUAAAUUGAACGACAAGGAAGAGAGAGAUAAAGUGUCUUAUAGACACUCUCAUGGUGAUAAAGAGACAUUUUGGAUUGGCUAUGAAAUGAUUCAAGCACCUUAUGCUUUUGUUCGAUCUUAUGGUGCAGUCCUUGGCGGCCUAGGUGACGCAGGUGCAGCUGGCACUGUCUGUGGUAAUCAACUCCACCUGGAUACAAAUGAUAAUCGACCCUGGUGGUGGAAUGGUGGUAUUUUAAGAGACAAGAACAGAUGGGAAGAUCGUUACUUGAAGUUUACUCAUUUUGCAGAAGGUGAAGAUUGGCAAUUUGAGACUUCAUGUAUCAAAGAAACAGACAAAAUCAGAGAAUUGAACGAUAGAGAAAAAGCUAUUGGCGAGGAAUUGAUCCAAAUGGAUAAGAGAAGAAAAGCUGAACAAGCAGGAGGAAAUUUAUCAGAAGAUGAUGAAUAAUAAACAGUAAUCAGAAUUUAUACA